UGCCGGCGCUGAGUCGUUCCGCGCAGAGUCCCCGGCUUGGGCUGGGGCUGGGGGCGGCCUUGGAACUUCGCGGGCUCCCGGAUUUCAGAGCUGCCGAUUCUGAUGUCCGGCGCGCGCCACCGGUGCCCUAGGGCCCCCGCGAAAGAGUCCAGGCCUGGGAGCAGGGGACGCUGAGGGUAACGACCGACGUCAGUGAGCCAAGAUGCUCAGCUUUAUAGGUGUGACUGACACUUGUGACUACACCUUUUGAAGCCUCAGUUUUGUCAUCUGUAGAAUGAAAAUAAUGGAAGCUACCUCACAGGAGUGUUGAGAGGAUGAAAUGAGACAAUGCUUGUAAAGCUCUUUGCAGGAGGGAGCCCUGGAGGCAGGGCCUGGCAAGCAGAGCACCCCUGCUGUCACCCAGGACUACGGAGAGCAUGAAGACCCCGGUGGAGCUGGCCAUCAGCGGGAUGCAGACCCUCCACAUUCAGCACCGUGACCGGGGUGGCUACCGGGUCAAAGUUAGGCCAUCAUACGUGGAUGAGACUUUGUUUGGCAGCCCUGCAGGCAUACGGCCUGCACCACCAGACUUUGACCCACCGUGGAUGAAGAAGGCCAACAGAACCAGAGGAGUGGGGACAGGGGUGUCACAGGCCUUGGGGGCCAAUGGGAGCUGUGAGUCCACCUCUUCCAGUGGCAGCACCCCAACCCUCACACCAAGGAAGAAGAACAAAUACAGACUGAUCAGCCACACUCCUUCUUACUGCGAUGAGUCUCUCUUUGGCUCCCGACAGGAGGGCGCCAGCUGGGAGGCCAAGUGGAUGGCGAGGGGUGAUGCUGCAAAGCUCCACGCCCUCUUCUGGACACCCCCGGCUACCCCUAGGGGCAGCCAUUCUCCCCGCCCCAGGGAGACUCCAGUGCGAGCCAUUCACCCAGCUGACCUCUCAAAGACAGAGCACAGGGUAGUGGCCAGCUCCCGGAGGCUGUCCGCGGAUGGGUUAGACACUCCACGCCCUCUGAGGCGGGAGCGUUCCCACUCCCUCACCCACCUUAAUGUCCCCAGCACAGGUCGCCCACCCGCCAGCAGCCCCUGCACCAGUGGGCCCCGAGAUCCCAGGCCUGCCCCAUCAGGGGUGACCUUCCGGAGUCCCCUGGUGACUCCCAGGGCGCGUUCAGUCAGCGUUUCAGUGCCAGCUACCCCCCAACAAGGUGGGGCUACCCAGAAGACAAAGCCCCCUUGGAAAUGAGUUUCUUGGUCCUUUGUACAGGUGUGCCCAUGGGGUCCCAGCGAGGGGCAGAGUUUCAGAGAAUGGUGCUGGUGCGCAGGCCUCUGGGGAGAACACAAGGCAUUGGUGGAGCACUCCCGGGGACAGAGCGAGGGUGGGCAGUGCCCCCAUCUGACCACCUCUGGUUGCUCCCUGUUUUCCCUGCUGAUACGGAUUGGAGGGUCAACCCUUGACAUACCUGUGUCCAGUCCUGUCAUGGCCACAUGGCCUGUCAGUGCCAACCCAGGGGGUGUCUCCCGGGAGGGUCCCCCACCUCCUCCAUCACACCCACAACAUUGUCUCCCCACCAAGUGUGAAUAAAUGGUGUGAUCGCCAACCUGGAGGGCUCUUCCUCCCUCCCUUCAAGCCAAGUUCCUGCUCAGGAUAAGUUUCCAGCUGAGUCUGGAGGCCUCAGGAAUUUUCCCAGGCACCAUGUGUGGACCAGCGGGGUACACGAGGACCUGGGUGAUAUGUGGGUGGACAUUUAAAAAUUUUAAUAGUCAUGUAUUUAUUUUCAUGUAUUAAAUAUAUCAGUAGCUCAUCAAA